AUGGAACAGAGCGCGGGGAAUCGAUUCACGGUACUCGAGCUAAAAAAGGCUCUUCGCGAGCGCGGACUAACUACUAGCGGAACGAAAGCAGAGAUGAUCCGUAGACUGGAGGAGGACGACCCGAGGGUGUGGGAGGAUCUCGCUGCGCGGCGGGAGGCGGCUUCACGUGACGCUGGGGACCCGUCGGACCUGGGGGACGCACCCCCGUUAGGAGAGAACGACGACGGGGCGAGUCGGAGCGACGGAGGGGCUGGCGGCGGCGGGACGAGUCGCGAUGGCGAGGCGACGGAGCGCGGUGGCGUGGCGAACAACGGGGACCUGGCGCGAGAAGGGGACGAUGGCAUUGCGGCGUUCGGAGCUGAGGAGCGCGAUGACGCAAUGCGCGAAUUGAUGUUCCUGCGUCGAGAAAGGGAGCUCUGGGAGCGAGAGCAGAGACUUCUCCGGCGGGAGCUGGACAUGCUGAGAAAUUCCCCGGCGACGGCGAGCGGGACGGCGAGCGCAGUGACGAGCGCGGCGAUGAGCGGCGGCGCGAUGCCGGGCGGCGUCCGGGGCUUGAGGGAGCUGUUGCCCGAGUUCAGCGGGGCCGACAGCGAUUUUUGGAGGUGGAAGCAGCAGCUGGAGCUGCUGAAACAAACGUACCGGCUGGACGAAAAUUCAACGCGGGUAUUAAUCAGCUCGCGGUUAAGGGGACGUGCGCUGUCCUGGUUUCAUUCGAAGGCCGAGUAUCUGACGCUGGAUUCGGUGGAGCUACUCCGAGAGAUGGGACAAAUGUUCGACCUGCGUCCAGGAAAAUUGGCUCUGAGGAGAGAGUUUGAAUCUCGAGUCUGGGAGGGAGGCGAAUCAUUUUGUGAUUAUUAUCAUGAUAAAAUGAUUCUCGCCAACCGCAUCCCAAUUGCCGACGAUGAGAUCCUGGAUUAUCUCAUUGAGGGAGUGACGGACCAGCGACUGCAGAACCAGGCCCGCUUGAUGAACUACCGAACGGGAGCCGAAUUGCUGAAGGCCUUCGAGAAGGUCCAGCCGGAGCGGAGGCGGCCGAGCGAUACCAAGGGCCGAAAGGAGGGAGCGAAGUCGGCUGGUGGCGGCGGACCCAGGGAGCCGCCGACGGGGAAGGAGCAGGUGUGCUACAGGUGCCGCGAGACGGGGCACAUCGCGGCGCGAUGUACGCGAGGGCGCGAAAAGAGAACUUGUUACGUGUGCGGGUCGGCGGAGCAUCUGGCGAGGGAAUGCUCAAAGCGUGGUCGGCCUUCGCCGUCGGGGGCGCCUGGGGAGUCCGCGCGGGCGAUUUCGGCGAUUUAUGAGCGAACGGUCGAGCCGCCGACACCUUACAUGGUCCGUGUAAAGAUUGCGACCACGGGGCCCGGCGGAGCGCGCGAUUACGCGGUCGAGGCGAUCAUCGACUCGGGGUCGCCCAUUAGCCUCGUGCGGAGCGACGUGAUUCCGGGCGAGUCGCGGGAAGAGCGGGUGAGUCGAUUCUGCGGACUUAACGGCUCUCCGCUGAGGGUUGACGGAGUGGUGGACGGUACUCUGGAAGUCAGCGGCGUCCGAAUAGGGAUGAGAUUUUACGCGGUGCCAAGCGACACGAUGGCGUAUAGCGUUCUUUUGGGGAGGGACUUCCUGAAUUGCCCGCACUUGUGCGUCACUCUCGGGAGGAACUUUCGAAUAACGGGCGUCGAAGAGGCGCGCGCGAUAGAUCGACUAAUGCAUUUGGAAUACGAGGGUUUCGCCCGUCCAGGCGAGGAAUUACAGAUCAAUCCGGCGAUCGGCGGGGACAUGCUCUCGCGCAUUCGGAAAGCUUACGAGUCGAGUUAUUUAGAGAACUUGCGGGGGGAAAAUCACGCGCCCGAUUUUACCAUGGCUCUAGCAUUGAAACACGAACAGCCGAUUAGCUUCCGUCCACGCCGAUUGUCGUUUGCGGAUAAAGAAGCCUUACGGGGGAUCCUUGACGAUUUGCUAAAGAGAGCGAUCAUCAAGGAAAGUUGCUCACCAUACGCGAGCCCGAUCGUUCUAACGAGAAAGAAGGACGGCGGUCAUCGACUGUGCGUAGAUUAUCGCGAGUUAAAUAAGAUCACUAUACGCGAUAACUUCCCUACGGAACUUAUCGAUGAUAAUAUCGAUCGCUUGCGCGGCAAGAAAUAUUUCACCGUAUUAGACUUGAAAGACGGGUUUCAUCAUGUCAGGAUGCAUGAGGCGUCCACUAAGUACACCUCUUUCGUGACGCCGCUGGGGCAAUUUGAGUACUUGCGUAUGCCAUUUGGCUUGACGAACGCGCCGCGUGUUUUCCAGCGCUACAUACACAGCGUUUUCGCUCCGUUGACUCGAGACAAUAAACUUUUGAUUUACCUUGACGAUCUGUUAGUCGCGACGGAAGAUAUGGACGAACAUAUUGAUAUUCUGACCCGCGUGUUUGAGAUAGCGGGCAGGCACCGUUUACAGUUCCGGCUCGACAAGUGCCACUUUGCCCAGUCCGAAAUAAAAUAUCUGGGGUAUUGCGUCAAUAGGCAUGGCAUACGACCGAGCGACGAGAAUAUCGAAUCCGUUCUUAAUUACCCGAUUCCGUGUAAUUCGAAGGACCUUCAGCGUUUCAUCGGUCUGGCGAGUUACUUUCGCCGUUUUAUCCCCGGGUUUUCUAUGGUGGCCAAGCCCCUUUAUGACGUAAUGAAAGCGAGCGCCAAUUUUAAGUUCGAGUCCGGGGAAAAUUCCGCUUUCGAGGCGCUCAAGCGGCAUUUGGCGAGCAAGCCCGUGCUUGCCGUCUACUCGCCGCUGGCGGAAACGGAGCUGCACUGUGACGCGAGUGCGAGCGGCUUCGGGGCCAUAUUACUCCAAAAACAAGGCGAUAACACCUGGCGCCCGGUUUCGUUCUGGAGCCAGCGGACGACGCCGGCGGAGUCGAGGUAUCACAGCUUCGAGCUGGAGUGCCUCGCGGCCGUGACGUGA